AUGGAUAAAAUCAGCUUGUAAGGAGAAAUCAAUGCAUUGAAAAUGGAAAACAUGAAUCAAAAAUUCAGAAUCAAAACUCUUCUAGAAGCAAGGUAAGUUGCAUUAGGAAAUAACGAACAGAUAAUUAAUUAUAAAGAAAAGAUAUUGUAACUUCAAAUAACUAUUAAUGAAUUAACAAAUAAGUGUGAUGAUCUUAUUUUUAUGAAUGAAGUGCUUAAUGAUGAAUUGUUAUUUGAGAGACAAAAAUUCUAAAUUUUUACAUCCUUUAAUAAGAGGGACUUUAACACCCCUAAUUUCUAAGAGUAGAAUAAUAAUUUGAAGAAGAAAUUAGAAAUAGAUUUUAAGAAUAACAAUUAAAAUACACAAGAAUUAGAAAAGAUUAUAUGUAAUUAAUAUGAAAAAAUUAUAUUAUUGGAUUUAGAUAAACAGAAGCUCUUAACCAAAUUAAAACUAUAAACAAAUUCAGGUAUCGUAAUAUAGGAAGAAGAUUCUUAAUAAAAUGUUAGUGAAUUACAAUAGAAUUUAGAAAAAUCAAGAUAAUAAAUUAAAAAAAUAGAGUUACAAUUUCAUGAAAAAUAAUAAUAAUUUAAUGAAUUGAAUUAAAAAUAUCAACAAUUAUUAAAUUAAUAUUAAUAAUAAUAAAAAAUUCAUUAAUCAAAGCAAGCAAAACCAACUUUAUUAGAUACUUUACAAAAAUCUAUUAUUCAAACACAAUAAAGCUAUGAUAUACAUUAAAGUUAUUUUAGUAAGUCAAUAAUCUAAACAAAAUGA